CCUGAUAAUCCUGAUAUUUGAGUCACCUUUCACGCACUUGAAUUAAUUUCACAAGAUACGUAUUACGUCCCACCAACAAUAUGUAGCAGGAACUCGGUCUACAAGACCUAAAAAAAGAUGAAAAGAAUGCCUAGUUUUUGGCUCUGAACAUCUUGCCACUAGGCCAAACUCUACAACUGAGAAUCUAUACGUAGAUCACUGUUUAAUGGUAAUGUAGUUACUGCCAACAAGUUGAGCUAGCAAUUUUUAGGUGCCGACGGCUGAUCCUGUUGACUGCGCUGUGGCCGACGAUCUAAUGGGGAAAGUUGAUUCUUGCUGAAUAGGUCAGAAAUCAGAAAUAUUUAAAGUUCAUAGGGAAAGGAAAGGGAGGAUCGAAUAUUUGGCGCCUUCAAUCAGAAGGAAGGCAUUGAUCCAGAGUUUUUUUUUUUAACAUACUACAGAGGGUUGCCGGAAAUAUAGUACCCAUGGCUUGUUACGCGGCGAGUGAAAAGGGCGGCGACGUGUUUUUCCCAAUUCCGGCACGUUCAGUUCGUCGGUCUUUGCGCUUGCCCAUGUUCGUGCUUGUAUUUACUUUGUUGCUAAAUAGCAACUGUGUUUCUUCAUACACAUCAGGAUACUGGGAUUUUACCUGCAACAAUUCCACAGAUAUGGAAAGAGGGAAGUUGGGUCCCCAAAACCCCGGUGUAUGCUCAGGAAAGGCCACACAUCUUCCAGUUUGUGAAUGUGGAUUCAAAAUGUUGGACUCUUGCUUCUUGAAUAAGAACAAGAUGCUUGAAAUCGAAAAGGGAGCAAAUGACUUUAACAUACCCAUAAUCAGAUCCAACCGAAAGUUAGUUGCCUCUAUUGAUGGAGGUCUGCAUAAACCGUCUUGUUUAGUCUUCAAUUCUGCAUGGAAGGCCCGACAACUAGAACAUGAACCAAACAAAAAGCUCAAUUAUCCAUCACCUGCUGGUAUACAAAGACCAAAAAGUGACGAGGAUAUCGCAUUCAUGAGUAUUCUUGAACUUGGUCAGCUUCUCAAGGCAAAUUUAAUCACAUCAGUGGAGCUGACUGGAAUUUUCUUGAAGAGACUGAAGAGGUAUGGUCCUGUUCUUGAAUCGGUCGUUACAAUUACUGAAGAAUUAGCAUACAAACAAGCAAAAAAGGCUGAUCAACUGCUUGCUGAAGGCAAAUAUUUAGGUCCUCUUCAUGGGAUUCCUUAUGGUCUGAAGGACAUCAUAGCAGUACCUAACUAUACCACAACAUGGGGUUCAACAUCUUUUAAAGUCCAAGUUCUUGAUAUUGAAGCUUGGGUUUAUAAGAGGCUGAAAUCUGCUGGGGCAGUUCUUGUUGCAAAGUUAGUAACUGGUUCUUUAGCAUAUGAUGAUAUCUGGUUUGGUGGUAGAACAAGAAACCCGUGGAAUAUCGAGGAAUAUUCUACGGGAUCAUCAGCAGGUCCUGCUUCUUGCACCUCAGCAGGUUUGGUUCCAUUUGCAAUUGGUUCAGAAACUUCCGGCUCUAUUACCUAUCCAGCUUCCCGCUGUGGCGUGACGGCACUGCGGCCCACUUUUGGAGCUGUCGGCCGAACGGGUGUUAUGAGCAUAGCUGAAAGCUUGGAUAAAUUAGGCCCUUUUUGUAGAAACUCUGUGGAUUGUGUGGUUGUUCUGGAUGCCAUUCGGGGAAAGGACCCAGAUGAUGUUUCAUCUAGAGACAUAUCCUUUGGAGAUCCAUUCUCAGUUGAUAUCAAAAAGCUCACUGUUGGAUAUCUUGAGGAUGCUGAGAUGGAAGUCGUUCAUGUACUUCAAUCAAAAGGAGUGAAUAUGGUCCCAUUUAACCUGAGUUACACUGUUGAUUCUGUCCAAGGUAUCCUCAAUUUCACAAUGGAUGUUGAGAUGCUGGCUCACUUCGAUAAAUGGCAGCGCUCAAAUCUGGAUGAUGAAUAUGAAGCCCAAGAUCAAUGGCCUAUUGAACUUCGCCGAGCACGUGCCAUAUCUGCAGUUGACUAUUUUCAGGCACAAAGAGCUAGAGGUAUAUUGAUUCAGCAAGUAAGAGAAAGUUUCAGUGUUGAUGCAUUUAUUGGAAAUGCAACUGACUGGGAGAAAGUUUGUGUUGGCAAUCUUGUGGGUUUUCCAGUAGUAGUUGUUCCUACAGGAUUCAAAAAGAUAUCUGAUGCACCAUCAAAUGAUACUCGCAGGAGAACAACAAUAACUACAGGAAUAUAUGCUCCUCCAGACCGUGAUCAUGUCGCCCUAGCGUUAGCAAUUGCUUAUCAAUCAGUCACCAAUCAUCAUAAGCAGCGGCCACCAAUUGAUGACCUUGGGCCAAAUGAUCCUAUUCCAGAAUCACCAAAAUCCGUGUAGUGGGGUUGUUUGUUCAUGCUCACAAGUGCUUGAUAUGAGCCUCUAUGUGCUUGAACCUGGUGUGAUUCAGACCAACGUUUGUAGCUGCUAAAACUAUGAAAGCAUGAAUCGCAAUUUUCUGUUUGAGCCAUGAGGAAGAUAAAAAUUAUGUUUACUUCUUUCUCUAUGUUAUGGUUCUAAUUCUGCCAAUCUGUAAAUGUCUGUAACUUCCAUAUUUAGUGGAUUAUUUAUCCAAGCUGAAGAGUAACACUUCUAC